CAAGGAGUAUAUACUCAGACGUGAAUGGUGGAUCCAGCCUAACUGCCUAAGGGGCUGUUUGGCAACUUCUAAAUAGAUAAGUGCUGAACCAAUAAGAGGUCUGAGCUAUUAAGGUUGAACCAAUAAGAGGUCUGAACCAUUAAGAGCUAGUAUAUUGCUUAACUAUUCAGAGGCAAAUGUCUGAUCAAUUAAGAUAAGAGGUCUUAACCAUUCAGACUCUUAUUUCAAAAUUUGAAUGCAGGAUGCAAUCUGAGCCGCACAAUGCAUCAAAUCCAAAGGCUAGAAUUUAUUCUUAUUUCUUUUAUCAAGGUGCACUAUCUCAAAAUCUGAGAUGUUUUUUAACCCUGGUUCAAGGAUUGUGCGUGUGGGAAUUGUUUUACCACUUUUACGUGAUCAUUUGGAAGGAGUUCAAGCACGAGAAGAAUACUAUUGAGAUGGACAAUAUGACACUCUUCUCAUGGUCUUCACGUAGAAGGGGAGAAUACCUCAUAGUUCACGGGGAUUAUUUAUUAUUGUAAAAUACUUAUGGAAGAAUUUUUUAUUCUUUCAUUGUCGAUUGUUAGAGAUCUGCCAAUCAGGUUGCUUAUUUUUUUAGCUCGGGCAUCCGAUUCUGUGUCCGAUAUUUGGAGUAGUUGUCUUUCCCUCGAGACUUUAUUUGUGACGCUUUGCAUCGUGAUUUUAAAUAUUAAAUAAUGAAUUACCCAUUUU